AUGCCUCUCACUAUCCCGGAACCUCACCCAAGUGGCGUAGUCUUCAUGAAUGUGGCUUCGCACAGCGAGCCUGGUCAGGCCAGUGCGCCACCUGAGCAGAGCCAGCUGCAGAAGCUCCCUCCAUCCCCGUUCUUACAGCCUUUGCCCAUAUCAGGCUCUCGUUGCUCUUCCCCUGGGCCCUCAUUUCCGUACGCAGACCUCGCGACGACGAGCGGCGCGUCAGACACGACAUGCCACAGUCCCACAAUGACCGCGUACAAGCCCGGAGUGGCCGAGAAUGUGGUGCGUCUCAUACCCAUCUUCGAUCAUGUCAUCCGUCCAGCCCUGCGCAUGGACAUCACGUUCUGCGAGGCUUCGCAGCUCUUCCUCCUCCAGAACCUCGAUGGCCGCCAGGUCCGGAUGACGAUGGGCCAGAUACUCCGUCGCUACAGCCCCCAGAUCGCGUCAAUCGACGUUGACGCCACUGGGCUGCCCAACCCGUCGAACCCGAAGACUAUGGCGUGCGCUGUCGUUCUCCCGUUCACCCCUGACGCUGUAGCCUCGGAGGAGGAACAGACAUGCUCCCACAUCUCCGGCCACUCUCUCCCCAUCCUUCCCGCCCUCGAGCAUCUAUCCGUCACUACGAGUCGUGCGCUGUCCAUCCGAACGCUCCUGAAGUUCCUUCAGUACACCCCGCUUCUGAAGACGCUCACGGUCACAAACGGCGGUCAUCAUCAAGCCAUCCUUCCUGAUGAUGUGGCCAAAAUCAAGGAGCCUAAUCUGCCCUAUCUCGAACACGUCAGCAUCAACGGCCUGCUCACCCACACCGUGGAGCAGCUUUUGAACAAGCUCAGCCCAUCCAUCAAUCUUAGGACCACCGUCCAAGUGCACUUCCAAACGCCCAGCUUCCCGGCGUUCAAAGCCGAUUCCGUUCUGCACACGCUUCUCGUCCCCGUCCGCCACGCGCACUUGUCCUACGUCGCACUAGGAGACCGGGACAACGACACAUACUCCCAUGCCCUCUUCCAGCCCGAUCAAACCCAAGGUGCGGGAGGUAGCAAGAGCUACACCGAUUACCUCUUCAGCUUCUCCGACGACAUGGGGCGCGUCCAGCUGCACUGGCACUGGUCCGAGGAGCGCGGCGCGACCCCAUACCUUGGCCACAUCAGCCUCGCCACCCGCUCACUCGCUCGUGUCCGCACAGUUUCGCUCGCGCUGUACAACGUCCGCCCCUCCGCCGCAGACCUCCGCCACGUCCUGCAGUCGUUCUCGGCGCUCGCGCACGUUCAUCUGCACGUGACGCAGCCGGAGGGGCGACCAGGCGGCGCGUGGCACGUCCAUGGAGAUCCGAGUGGAGACUCGUCUGACUCGGCUUCGUACUCGGGCUCGUGCCCUGGACAUGUCCCUUUGACUUCGCAUCAUGGCGAGUUCAGCAUGCGCGCCGCGCAUGUGGUUCGCAGGAUCGCGGACGUCACGACGCUAUUUGCGUUCGGACUCGCGCAGCGGCUCGCCAAGGCACAGUCUCAGUGCUGCCCCUGCACGCCUGCGCACGGGGGCGCGUUGGACGGGGAGGGCGCGCGCGGACGCGAGCAGCUGGCACCGCGCCUGGCGCCUGUCUGGUACCGCCCUUUGUGGGCGCUGAUGGUGCGCAAGCCCGUAUCAGGUUCGCCGCGAUCGCAUUGAGCUCGCUCGCUGAAGUGAGACGGUGUCGCUAUUGCUCAGUGUCGGGCAUCGGCGAACCCGAUGGUUGCCGAAGUGCGAGGCCGGCGUUGUGGGCGUAAAGGUACUGUACGUCCCCGAGCGAUGUUGUGGCCUCGCAGGGCUUCUUAAGGUCAUGUCGCAGAGUGGUUUUUUGAUACUCGGAUCUGUUCGAUCUCGUCCGUACACGUUACGUUAUCCCUAUCUUGCUGCUAUGUCUGGAUCCGUGCGCAUCUAUG